AUGAUCGCUAGGCUACAUGCCAUGUAUCAGCGAUCCAAAAAGGUGUUUAUAUUUCUCGUUGUCAUCUUCCUGGCUGCCAACAUCGCCAACGGAGUGAUCACUGUAAUAAUAAUGAGGUAUAUUUCAGCGGAGGUGCUAAUUCUUUGGGGCACCUAUCACUGCAAUAUCAACAUUGAGGGAGAUGCCCACUGGCUUCUGACUUCGAUAAUUUGGAUUAUCGCCACUGUAUGGGAGAUCCUCGCACUGUGUCUCGCAGUCUGGAUUGCCGUAAAACACUUCCGUGAACUGCGACGACAAUCGACAGGAGGGAUUCUCGCAGACUGUUUCACGGUGUUGAUGAAAACCCACGUGGUUUACUUUGCGAGCGUUGUUAUUGUUUCUUGUUUCCAGUUCUGUUGUAUGUUUUCACCGAUCUUAGCGGACUAUUCCACGAGCGGUCAGAUUUAUAUUGGUGUUAUUGAAAUUUUGAAGCCCGUGCCGAUGUUUGUGCUGGGACCACGCCUCAUCCUUGGCAUUCGAGAGUAUCACGCUAAGCUGGUGGCUGACUCCGAUGCAGCAACCGCGAUGACUUCGAUUGCUUUCCAGGAGCGCGUGACAAUUACAACUAGCAGCGGUAUGUAG